AGGUUCUGAGUGCAGUGCACCUCUUUGAUUGUAAUCAGUAACUGAUAUCAGAAACACCUGUGUGAUUUCUGUCUGUUUGUAUGUGUCAGGCAGGCAAUAAGAAAGACCCAGAUGAAAACAGACAAAUGACUGUAACUGACAACCAUUGUGGCAGUCAGUAACACCCAGAAAAUACACCAGAGUUCUGGAGAAUGAUGGCUUUAGAUGCACAAUGCCACCUACUGGGUGUAUUUUCCACUUGUAAACAUCUCCCGCAAGAAAGAAAGAAAGGAAAGGAAACAACCACAACACCUUUAUUGAUCAAUAUUUAGAUUUAUUUACUAUGUUUUUCAGCCAUCUUCUUCUUCUUUUUGCUUUGUCCCUUUUUCACCCAUAGUUUUCCUGAAUGUUGUACAGAAACAAAACGUCACAAGGACAUAUAAAAUGUCAAUCAUAAUAUAUUGCGUCUGAUUCUAAUUAUUGUUUCUGGGUAUUGUUUUCAGACAUACCAUUAAAAUGAACCACUGACGCAAGUACUAGUGCACAAAACGUGCAUUAAAAAACCGACGAUUUGGCUCCAUCUAACGGAGAAAUGAGGUGGCGCAGGAAGCCUGCGCUGGACCUAUGUAAAGCACGCAGUGCUAACCUAUCUCGAAAACCUCCAGAAAACAGCAGCAGUAACGCUCUCACAGCAGUUAAAUUCGUGUCGGAAUCAUCGGAAUCAUUCACUGUAGCAUCCCCAUGACGGCACCAGGAGAAGGUUGUAUUUGGUUCUGGUCCAGUUAGCCACAGCUGCUGCCGCUGCUGCAAUGGAGGUAAACAGGGACGAGGCGGAGCGCUGCAUUGAUAUUGCAACUGCAGCGUUGAAGAAUGAACAGCCAGAGAAGGCGCAGAGGUUCCUGGAGAAAGCGCAGAGACUGUUCCCCACAGAGAAGGCCAAGGUGCUGCUGGACCUAAUAGAAAAGAAUGGAUUCACACCCAGUCAAGGAAACCACUCAGCGUUCAAUGGAAGUGCUGGGCUUCGACAGCGGCAGCCUGUUAGCGAGGAGGCCAAACCUGAGGAAAAGCCCACGGAGGCAGCUAAAUCCUAUUCAUCAGAACAAGUGGAGGCUGUGAGAAGAGUAAAGCAAUGUAAAGACUUCUAUGAAAUUCUCAGCGUGCAGAAGGACGCCUCUGAGGAUGAGCUGAAAAGAUCGUAUAGAAAACUCGCUUUAAAAUUCCACCCUGACAAGAAUCAUGCACCAGGUGCCACGGAAGCAUUUAAAGCCAUUGGUAAUGCAUAUGCCGUUCUGAGCAACGUUAACAAAAGAAGGCAGUAUGACCAGUGUGAAGAAGAGAGGAAACACCCGUCACGACAAAGCCCCAGUGAUAGGAACUUUGAGCCAGAUAUUUCACCCGAAGACCUCUUUAAUAUGUUCUUUGGAGGCGGAUACCCAUCAAGUAACGCUCAUGUGUAUACUAAUGGACGGGUACGUCAUCCAAGGCGAGAGAGGAGAGAGAGACAGGGAGAUGGAGGUCUUGCUCUCUUCGUUCAGGUUAUGCCCAUCCUCAUCCUGGUUAUUGUAUCUGCUCUCAGUCAGAUCAUGGUCAACAGCCCCCCCUACAGCCUCAGCUUCAGGCCGUCAGCAGGUUACACACAGAAGAGGCUGACAGAGAAACUGAAGGUGCCAUAUUACGUAGGAGAGCAGUUCUCCAAAGAUUUCACUGGAAUGGACCUGAAGAAUUUGGAGCGAGCUGUGGAAGACGAUUACAUUUCCAACCUUCGCAACAACUGCUGGAAAGAGAAACAGCAGAAAGAGGGAAUGCUGUACAGGGCUCGAUAUUUUGGAGACAGUGAUCUGUACCAAAGAGCACAGAGGGCUCGAACACCAAGCUGCGCUAAGCUGUCCGAGAUCACAGCCUCACUACACGGCUGAUGCUGCUGCCACGGUUAAAAAGUUUCUAAUAACACAUUAUUGGCUGUACAUAAAUGAGCUUUAAUAAUCGACGGAUGAAGACGACAACAAGCAACACAAACCAACCAGCACUGACCUGCAGCAACCACACACGCUGGAUCAAACAAUGGGGUUUUUGCUGUGUAACGGUUAAAUAUAAGGUCAGAGGGAAAAUAUACGUUUUUUGAUGUAUAAAAGAUAGUUUAGGUCAGUGAUUGUCAACUGGUGGCCCGUGGGUCGAAUCCGGCCACCCGAACCAAUCUGUCAAUCUGGCCGGAGACUGGAUUACAAAAUAAACAUCAAAUAAUACUCUUAGACAAAAAUGUGGUUAAUAUUUUAUUUUAUUUGCGUGUCCAGCCCCCCCAAAAUGUUGGUCAUCCAACAGAUAUAGUUGGAUGACUCAUGGUUUAGGUGUUGAAUUCAAAGACUCAGACACUCACUCUCUGGCAAAUAAGGUGGCUAGCAAUUACCUGCUUACAUCUGCAGUAUCAGAAGAUUGAGGGUUUUUUUUUUCAUUUCUGAAACUAAAAUAGUCUGCAACACCAAAAAAACACUGUUUUUAGCCUGUUGAGAUAUGGAAAUGUCUUUCUGUUGUUACAGCAAGAACGAACAGUUCGAUCUUCAUCGGCUACUGAUGUUCCUUCUGGAAGGAAUUCGUACAUUGUCCCCAUGCUUAUGUUUCUGGAUUUCCUGGUUUUCUCCCACAGUCCAGAAACAGCACUGCAGCACACACAGUUUCACACACACAGCAGCCAAAAAUAAGAAGAUGCAGCAUUAAAAACAAGGGUGGAAAAAUGACAUAAAUAAGUAUGCAGAUAGAAAACUCAUGUAAAGUAGUACGCCCUCUUCUGGCUGCGCAGAAGUAGGUUAUUUUGAUACUCUAAUUUAACUCCAGGUGUGUUUCAGGAUGAUUAGCUCCAGCCUGGCUGCAGUUUCUGAUGUAGGUCAUGUAAGUAAGCUAACAACGGAAUACAUAUACUGAAAUUAUACUAAUGACACAUGAUGUAAGAUGCUGAUCUAGGGCAAACAGCUAACAAAUGGCUAAUGUGAUUUUUCAUCUGAACUUGCGUAUUGUGAGUGACUAAGAACUUGUAUUCUUGUAUUUGACAUUGUGUGACACAGUAGAACCCACACUUGACACACCUGAACUAACCCUUUAACAUUAAAAAAACCCUGAAGUAUCACAGAAUAUUCCUCCGGUAUAUUUGAGCAUAAGAAAAAGCCACGUCUUGACUUUUCCUCCUCCUCCCCGAGGAGAUACGGGUUUGGAAAACAUCUGUGCUUUUUUUGGCAGUAAACUCAAAAAGCCAUGACAGUGACGGAAGUCGUGCAGUAGAGCAGAGCUUAGCCUGGUUAGAUAUGGUACGUAUGUUAUUCAUGUAGUGGUCUAUUAGACACCCAUGCUUCCAUUUUCAUCUGCAAUCAAAUAAAUGGAGAUGAGGGCGAACGUGCUUGUACUACUUCACAUGCACUGUGGGAAACUUUGCAGGAGAAAUGUGAAACCUCUGAUGAAAAAACAGUCUUGUCUGUGGUUUGUCAGAUGAAGACAUUGGAAUUCUGCUGUAUGUGUGUGAGUGUGUGUGUGAGAGAGAGGGAGAGAAAUUCUCUAAAAGAUUAUUCAGGAUGUGCCCCUUUCCUACAUUUUUUACUACAUUUUUCCCCUUUAAUGUCAUCAGAGGUAGUAUUACAUAGCCUGACCCAGGGACCUCAUCAUAAAAGGCCAGGAGAGAUAUUCCUACUCACAAAGUGGGGGCUGUGACGGGCUGUAACUCUUCAUGUGAGGCUCUCAUCUGUUGCACAUUUGGAGUUGUUUUAUUAUUUUUAUUGUUUGUCAAAAAGGAACAAACCCAGUACUUGCAAACUCCCCUUUCCAUCAUAUUUUUACUGCUGAGAGAAAAUAAAUCUGGAAUGCAUAAACGCGUUGGACGUGAUUCAUUUUCUGUGAGGCAGAAUGUGGAAACAAAACCUCAGUCAGCACAUUUGGCACUGUGAAAACUGCCGGCCGCCUCUGCUGACCCAGAUUGGGAACAGGAAACAUGGCUCUGCGCACGUUCACAUUCUGGCAGACGUGCGGCAUGUGCUCAGCAGCGACUGCUGUGUCAGGAGUUAGUCAGUGCAUGUGUGCUCAUCUGGAUGGGACUGCUGUUUCACUUAUUUAUUUUUUAAAUGACUUGCAGUUUCGUGUUGGCUAAUUCCACACUUUUUCUUUGUCACUCUCAUGUGAGUCACAAAGCGCUUACGUGCCCAUCAGCUGAUCUAGCUCUGUGACGUGACGACUUAUUUUCACUUUCCACCUCUUGAUUGAAUGACUUGUUUCAUACUGUCAUACUACUUAAAAACAUUUUUCCGUAUUUUUGUGCAGCAACUUUACAACAUACGAAUCAUUGUAAUGGUACAAACUGACAGAAGACUUGAUUCUUACAAAAAUAAUUUAUUUGUGAUCAUGAAAGUACAAAAAUCAGUGCAAUGUUAUGUCAAAAUGAGUAUUUGAAUAUCAAAUAAAUAAAGUUGAAAGCAGGUCUACACACAUACAUGAUAUCAAGCUCUUCUACAGAGGCCUUCUGUAUGCGUCAGCCUUCGUCUCAGUCACUCAGAUCCCUCACAGUCUGCUCGACAAAAAAAUUGUUAUUUGGGAGUAAAUUGUCAGGUAAUACAAAAAAAAAUGUAAAAAGAAGCACAACGACUAUAAACUUAUCUCUAGCUGCCAAUGUGUAGUUUCCACAGAAACCAAGGUAUACAUCAAUAUACCUGCACAAAU